AUGACCGCUAACUCGGCGUCGAAAAGGGCCGCUGCCAAAUCCAAAACCGAUCCCGCAUCUGCACCGCCCAAGAAGAUGCAAACCACUCUCGUGCCGCCAGCCUUGGGCAAGAAGUCUCCCGCCAACAAUGGCUCGAAAACCAAGCCCAAGGCAACUCCGAACGGCAACAUCAUGGCUUUCUUCAAGAAGGCCGAGGAGCAGAACAACAGGAUAUUUCUACAAGAGAGGGGCAGUAACUCUACAAUCAUACUCGAUCAAGAUGGGGAGGAAGACGCUGGCUGGAGCGAUGAGCCGACAAUUGGCGUUAUAGAAGCGGACAAUGUCGAGCAACGGUACAACGAGAAUGGCGGUAGCGUCAAGAAGAGGAAGCUGAGCGAGGAACUAACCGCUUCGGCAUGCACGCCUCCUCCGCCAGCCGAUACCACUGACCAAUCCCUAAGAGCCCCCAAGAAGGUGGGCCCUUUCGUCGACGACUCGGAAUCAGAGGACGAGGAAGAAGUCCCAGUUCAGAGAAGAGGUACGGUCAUAUCGAAGCCAUCGACUGAAGGGCUUUCGAGUUCUAAGACUUCGGAGGAUGUACCUCCCGCAGAUUGCCCUGAGCUCGCUAUCAAUCACGUACCGCCGUUGCCUAACUCGGAGACAACUUCACAAUUUGGAGGAGAUGAUUUCGACGAUUUCGAAGGCCUAGAGGACGACGAUCUUCUCGAAGGUGAAGAAUAUGAUGAACAGUGGUGGAUGCAAGAGCAGCGGAGGUUGGAGAUGGAGGAUGCAGGCUUUGAGGGAGACCCCGACGAUUUCAACGCGCGUUCGAUGUUCCCCGAGGAUACGAGCGAUGAGAACGCACAAAAUGGCGAGGGGCCAUUCUGUCCCAUAUGUAGCACAAGUCUGUCGGGCCUGUCCGAACAACAUGUCUCCAUACAUGUCAACGCGUGCUUGGACGGAAAUCCACUACCAGUACCCGGAACCAAAGAGCCGGAAAGAGAAUCCACCCCAACUUCAAACAAUAGCCACAAGAAGUUCAAGCGACCACUGCGACCGGCGAGGACCGGGCAGCAGAACCCUUUUCAACUCGGCGAGAGCGCGGCGCCGAAGUCGGCAUUUUCCCGACUGAUGGCAGGCCACGCCGAAGAUGCAGCCUGGGCGACUGCGGCGACAGCAGAGAAAGCUGCGAGGGGAAAGCCGUCGUUUCAACGCACCUGUCCUUUCUACAAGAUUUUACCUGGCUUCUAUAUCUGUGUGGAUGCCUUUCGCUACGGGGCCGUCAAAGGCCAAAACGCAUACUUUCUUAGCCAUUUUCACAGCGAUCACUACGUCGGUUUGACAAAGUCGUGGCACCACGGUCCAAUAUACUGCAGCAAGGUCACAGCAAACUUAGUUCGACAACAGCUGGACGUUGACGCGAAUUGGGUUAUGCCUCUAGAGUUCGAGAAAAAGACGGAAGUACCAGGAACCGAAGGUGUGCACGUAACUAUGAUCCCGGCCAACCACUGCCCGGGCAGCUCCUUGUUCCUGUUCGAGAAGGAAGUCAGCAAAGGAAAGAAUCCCAGGUCGCAGCGGGUUCUGCACUGCGGAGACUUUCGCGCCUGUCAAGCGCAUAUUGAGCACCCUUUACUCAGACCCGAGGUCGCAGGCGCCGUAAGUGGGAAGAGCCGACAGCAGAAGCUCGAUGCCUGCUACCUCGACACGACCUACCUUAACCCGAAAUACGCGUUCCCUCCUCAGCACCAGGUUAUUCAGGCUUGCGCAGAGAUAUGCGUUAGCCUCAACAAGCCGACUGUAGACAGGGCAGACGGGUGGGAACAGAUGAAAAAGGAGCGGGCAGGCGAAGGCAUGGCCAAGUUCGUGCGAAACGCUUCGGACCUAAAGGGUGGAGCCGAUGGUGACAAGAACUUCGGCACAUCGAAGGGCCUCAUCGACGGCUCGGGGAAGAACCGAGGACGUCUUCUCGUCGUAGUCGGCACGUACAGCAUCGGCAAAGAACGCAUCUGCAUGGGCAUCGCCAAAGCCCUCGCGAGCAAAAUCUAUGCGCCACCAAACAAGCAGAAGAUCUGUCGGGCGCUCGAAGAUCCAGAGCUGAAUGCGCUCCUGACUACGAAUCCUCGCGAAGCUCAAGUCCACAUGACGCCGCUCUUUGAAAUCCGCGCCCAGACUCUGGGUGAGUACCUGGAGGACUAUCGAGAUAGCUUCUCCCGCGUUGUCGGCUUCCGUCCCUCGGGCUGGAAUUACCGCCCGCCAAACAGUCGUUUCACCGAUUCUCCUUCGGUCCAGACGGUCCUACACUCGCAGAAUUGGAAGAGCCAGUUCACGAUGCGAGAUCUGACGCAGCAGCCGGGUAGUACGAGUCGCACGAGCUGCUACAGUGUUCCAUAUAGUGAGCAUAGCAGCUUCCGCGAGUUGACUAUGUUUUGUUGCGCGUUGCGUAUAGACAAAAUCAUUCCAACGGUGAAUGUAGGGAGUGCAAAGUCAAGAGAGAAAAUGAAGAGUUGGUGUGAGAAGUGGGCCCAGGAGAAGAAGAAGAACGGGCUUUUCAAGCUAGGAGAGAAUUGCAGCGGCUGGUGA